AUGGCCAAAUCCAUGAGAGAUGUCUGCAUUAUUAAUAUUGCAAUUGUGUUUGUGCUAACUUUUGAUACAAUUGUGGUGUUGUGCAGUGGAAACAACAACUCUGAUCAUGUGGCUUGCGUGGAGAGUGAAAGACAAGCCCUUCUCAGAUUCAAGCAACAUCUAAGGGAUCCCUCAAAUCGCCUCUUCUCAUGGGGUGCUGAUCAAUCAGGAGGGGAUUGUUGUGAAUGGGUUGGAGUUGUCUGUAACAGUCUUACAGGCAAUGUUGAGGAGAUCCACCUUCAAAAUCCUUUUUUUGACGCUGUGUUGAUGGGAGGUUUUUUAGAGAACGCAAUAUUGGUAAUAAAAGGGCAAAUGGCUAAAUAUAGUACCAUUCUUCAACUAGUUACGAGCAUGGAUUUUUCGGACAACAAUUUAUCGGGAGAGAUCCCUGAGGAAUUGACGAAUCUCCGAGGGCUUCAUUCAUUAAAUUUGUCAUAUAAUCUUUUGACAGGAAGAAUUCCAAAGGAUAUUGGUGCUAUGGAACAACUAGAAGCCAUUGAUUUUUCUAUGAAUCAUCUUUUUGUGAAAUCCCUCCAAGCAUGUCAACUUUGA